AUGCAUGACCUUAAGACCGGCCCUGGUCUCUACCUGGUCGCAGCCCAUGCCUUCCCCUCCCAGAUCGGUCCAGUCAGCAGCUGCCCAGGCGCGCGCCAGAGGCAUCAAGUCCAUGCAAGGACCAGCAUCUCCCUACUUCUUGGUAUGAAGGACCGCUAUUCGUCUAAAUCGCCGGCUCUCGACUUUCGCCCACUUUUCCACCACUGA